AGAGGUAUGACUUGUCUGUCAGUUAUUUGAAAAAUUUAAUUAAAUUUUACAAGACAAUCAACAAAGACAUCAGAGACAAUUACAAUCAACAAACUUCCUUUGCUCCCACUUCCUUCCAGAAAGCUGAUGAACAGCUCGGGUCAAGUUUACCUUUAAUGAAUUGAGUCUAUUUUUGGAGCCUCGGUCUUCACCUUUAUACAAAUGAGUUUUGCCAGUUUACAAAUCUCUUCACCUUUAAACCCAAAGGCUUUGUCUGACAUGCAGGCUAAUAUUUAUCUUAAUAUUAUCAGUUUGGCGAACCCAGUGUGACCUGGAUUUUGCAACGCUACCCAGCUAUCAGGAGGAUUAUUAAUCAAGACACACAAACACAGAAACUACGGGAUGAACUGCCUAACUUUAGACCAUUGUCAUUUGCUUGUAGCUGUGACUUUAGGUCCUUGAAUUAAACCACAUGUCGACAGUUCUCCAAAAACGUUAUAAAAUGCUGGGUGUGACGCUCAGUGAUUGUGACCUUGAGUCUCAUGGCCUUGAGAUCAUUUAAAACAAUAAAACUUACAUGUUGCAGCUGGCUAUAUUACAAUGACUUCAACACAAACUUUAUGAAAUUUAGGUUUUAAGACACAAAUACCAACAUUUUCAUGAUGCAAAAACACAAAAAAACAUUUCAUAGACAGCUUAUAAUGUUCGAUUGUUCUUCCAAUUGCAUCAAUUGUCAAAAUCUGCUCAUAUUUCUGAUCAAACCUUUGUGAUCGAAUGCAUUUUAAAAGAAGGUACAUGCACUGCUAAACAUGACUGAAAACAUACACAGCACAGUGUCAUUAAGAGCAACAGAUGACCAUUGGACCUUGGGUAAGCCGAUAAACACCUGUUCAGUUUCAGGGGUGUAAAAUGAAAAAAAAAAAAAAAAAAAGUGUGAGGCGAGAGGGGUGGAGAGAAAGCAAGUCAUAUAAAUCAUUAUAGAUAACUGUUGAGCUGGACACAUCUCACAGUUGCAGACCAGACACCAAACUUCUCAGACACCCACAGACUUUCUGUCACAACAAAAUCAAAUAUUCUGGCUUAUAUAAAAAAGCUUUAUUGAAUUAUAAAAACCGAGAUCUGGAUACAUUUUUGUUUGGCUGCUGGACUGAGGGGGGGUCAUGGAUCCGGUUGUGGAAGUAGUGGCUUUGUUGCUGGGGUUCAUUUCUUGGGUGAUGGUAGGGAUCGCCCUGCCGAACCGUUACUGGAAGACCUCCACCGUUGAUGGGAAUGUCAUCACCACCUCCACCAUCUAUGAAAACUUGUGGAUGUCCUGUGCGACGGAUUCGACGGGGGUACAUAACUGCAGAGAGUUCCCCUCGUUGCUCGCUCUGAAUGGUUACAUCCAGGCAUCUCGUGCCUUGAUGAUCACAUCGAUAGUGCUGGGCACCUUUGGACUGCUGGCGGCCAUGAUAGGAGUACAAUGCUCCAAGGCUGGAGGAGAAAACUUAGUCCUCAAGGGGAGGAUUGCUGGCACUGCUGGAGUCCUUUUCAUACUUCAAGGUGUGUGCACAAUGGUUGCAGUGUCCUGGUACGCCUUCAACAUCACACAGGAAUUCUUUGACCCUUUCUAUCCUGGCAUAAGGUAUGAAAUAGGAGAGGGACUUUACAUCGGCUGGUGCUCUGCUGUGCUCGCCCUCGCUGGAGGAGCUGUUCUCACCUGUUCCUGCAAACUGGGCACACAGGAAAAAUACCCUAUGCCUUAUCAAGCCAGGGGAACCGUAUAUUCUGCAGCUGCCCCGACUAGAAGCGUUGCAGCCAGUACUUACGGACGAAACGCCUACGUUUGAGCAGGGAAGGAAAAACGAACUUUAUCGAUUAGAACAGGCAUCUAACACCUUUACACUUAUACUAAUGGGGCUUUUUAUCCACAACUAUGUAUGAGGAGAAAGUCCAUCACACUGUAUGUCCAGUGAUGAAGGUAACAUAGCACCACUGUAUUGUAUAUAACUACAAUCAAUCAAAUGUGAAUCCUGUACAAAUGAUUAACCAGUACUCUGCUGCUUAUUCAAAACAUUAGGGACAUCGACUCAAUUAGUGCAGGUGAUCCAUUAUUGAUUUGUUAUUUGCCUGACUGGACAAAAGAGGAGAUGUAAAGACAUUAAAGAGCUGGAGAAGGAUUUUUAAAAUUGUCCCUGAUAUUUUAGCAUUGAAGCUGUACAAACAUACUGUUUGCUUGCAAUGAUUUUUUUUUAUUUAUGUUCCCCUUGUGAUGUCAGCACUAAAUACAUUUAUAGUCACUUGUUUUCAAAGAAAUCUAUAAAUCUAAUGAUCUGCGUAGGCUUACAUUUUUGUAGACAUUUUUUACGGGGAAGGUCAAAGUGGGGUGAUCCAGAUGUUUGUAUGUGUUGUUUCAUACAGUUUUAUAGUUGUAUAAGAAGACGAUGGACAAGCUUGUUUUGAUGUUUUUUUGGGGUUUUUUCUACAAUUGCGCACAAUAGAAUGUUUUAUGCUUAACAUCCCAGUUUGGUUUCUUGUUCCUCUUUUCAGUAAAGUUGUGACUAUGUUCUGUUGCAGAAAUGUCUUGAUGAUGGGGAUGUUAUAUGAAUGUAUGUAUUUUCAUCUGAUAAGUUUUCACUGUUAAAAUUUGCUACAAAAAAAAGGGUUUUUGUCUUUUUCUAUGUAUAAAAUUUUGUGAUUAAAAAAUGUCAUGAUGAGAUAAAAUGUCAUUGGAAAA